UGCAUUCACUAUAUCUGGUCUCCCCGGACCCUGCAUUCACUAUAUCAGGUCUUCCUGGACCCUGCAUUCACUAUAUCUACUCUCCCCGAACCCUGCAUUCACUAUAUUCGCCCUUCCCGGACCCUGCAUUCACUAUACCUGCUCUCCCCGGACCCUGCAUUCACUAUAUCUGGUCUUCCCGGACCCUGCAUUCACUAUAUCUGCUCUCCCCGAACCGUGCAUUCACUAUAUUCGCCCUCCCUGGACCCUGAAUUCACUAUAUCUGGUCUCCCCAGACCCUGCAUUCACUAUAUCCGGUCUCCCUGGACCCUGCAUUCACCAUAUCUGGUCUCCCCGGACCCUGCAUUCACUAUAUCUGGUCUCCCGGACCCUGCAUUCACUAUAUCUGGUCUCCCCGGACCCUGCAUUCACUAUAUCCCGUGUCCCCAGAUUCUGCAUGCACUAUAUCUGGUCUCCCCGGACCCUGCAUGCACUAUAUCUGGUCUCCCCGGACCCUGCAUUCACCAU